AUGGCCUUUGUCCCUGCACCCGGCUACCAGCCCACCUUUAACCCGACGCUGCCUUACAGCAAUCGCAUUCCGGGCGGCCUCAGUGUCGGGAUGUCCGUCUACAUCCAAGGAGAGGUCAACGAGCACACGAGGAGAUUCCACGUGAACUUUGCCAUGGGGCCGGAACCAGAGGCCGACAUCGCCUUCCACUUCAACCCCCGCUUUGAUGGCUGGGACAAGGUGGUCUUCAACUCACGGCAGUCGGGCAAGUGAAAUGAGGAGGAGAGGAAGAGGAGCAUGCCCUUCAAAAGGGGGGAGCACUUCGAGCUGGUGGUGAUGAUCAUGCAGGAGCAUUACAAGGUUAUGGUGAACGGAGAUCCCUUCUAUGAGUUUGGGCAUCGGAUCCCAAUCCAGGCGGUUACUCACUUGCAGGUGGAUGGGGAAUUGAUGCUCCAAGCCAUCAACUUCAUUGGUGGCAAUUCUGCCCCCAACCAGAUGCCCGUGGUAUGCCCGGCAUAUCCCGGCCCUGGAGUUGACCCCCAACCACCAGUUAGCCUGCCUUCCAUGGAAGCACCCCCAGUCUUCAACCCGCCUGUGCCUUUUACGGGGAGACUCCAAGGGGGCCUGAUGACCCACAGAACCAUCAUCAUCAAGGGCUUCAUACCCACUUCGACUCAGAGAUUUGCCAUCAACUUCAAGGUAGGGCUCACGGGGGAGGUGGCCCUGCACAUCAACCCACGCUUGGACGAACGCUCCGUCGUGCGGAACAGCCUCCAGGACGGCGCCUGGGGGGCCGAGGAGAGGGACAUCUCCUACAACCCCUUUGCUCCAGGGCAGUUCUUUGAUCUGUCCAUCCGCGCCGGCACGGAUCGCUUCAAGGUGUUUGCCAACGGCAGGCACAUGUUUGACUUCUCCCAUCGUCUUUCAGCCUACCACACAGUGGACAUACUAGAGAUCACGGGGGACGUCACCUUGUCCUACGUCCAGAUGUGA